AUGCACUCACCCAUAGUUUUCCGUAAUAACAAGUUGGUACCCAAAAGGAUUGGAAAUGACAAACAGCUACUUUCUGUCAACGAGCUAUUUGGUGGAGUAGAUGGUGUUUGUGGUGGAGGUGAAGCUUUUGGUGGAUCAAAUGGUGGUGAUGGAGAUGAAUUUGAGGGUGGAGGAGGACUUGUUGGUGGAUUGGCCACUGGUGGUGGUGGAGGGGAAUUCGUUGGUGGAGUAAAUACUGGUGGUGGUGAAGUUGAACUCCUUGGUGGAUUAGAUACUAGUAGUGGUGGGGGCGAUGAACUCGUUGGUGGAUUGGAUGCUAUUGGUGGUGGUGGUGGUGGUGGUCGAGAUGAACUAGUUGGUGGAUUAGAUAUAGGUGGAGAUGGUGGUGGGGAUGUAGGCUCAGGAGGUGAGGAGGUUGUAGGAGGUGGAGAAGAUGGCUGUGAUGAUGGUGGUGGACUGGUGUUAGAUGGUGGUGGACUGGUGGUGGAGGGUGGUGAAGUUGGCACUGCAGUGGGAGAUGAAUUUGGAGGCUCACAGCAAUAA